AACAACCUUUGAGGCCGAAACUUGCAUCCGCUCCGUGAUCCUCAUUUCCUAUAUUGCAAUGACCGACGUCCCCAAGCGCCAACGUAUCACUGCGGAUGAAAUAAAUUGUCUUAUAUACGCUUACCUCCUUGAUUCUGGCUUUGAGCAUUCCGCUUGGGCGCUUCGAGGCGAAGCCCACCUCGACAACUCACCAAAUGCCCACAUACCCAUUCCCCGAGGGGAGAUAGUUACGCUCUUUCGAAAAGCAUUGUUAUAUAUGGAGGCGGAAAGGAACUUUAAACUGUCUCAGGAAAAGGGAAAGGGGACAGACAAUGGUCAGGACACAGAGCCAAUGACUUUAUUGGGCCGGUUCCGAGCACCAAAUGAUCGACCCUUGUCGGAGGAGCCGAAAAUUCCGCCUAGACCCCCCAUACUCCCAGACCCAGCCAACAUUGAAGCAGUGAGGAAGGAAGGUUCCACAUCACAAAAUGGAGUCAUCGAUAAACUCGUAUCUGAAACGGGAGAGGAGUCACGUCCGAAGAAGCGCUCUCGAACAAUCGAUGACAGUGCGCCUUCGCCAGAUGAACGUUCGAGGAGCACAUCAGCUCAGCCUCCUGUCGCUUCUGGUAGCUCGAAUCCCAAUUCAUCUAUGGAAUCAAUAAAAGCCAGGCUAAGUCUCCAUUCGGGGGUCGGGAGACUCCUUCCGCUUGACGGGGAGCCUGAUGGUGUCUCAUUAAUGAAAGGUCAUGCUGGGGAGGUGUUUACUUGUGCAUGGAACCCCGCGAAUCCAAGUCUUGUCGCGAGUGGAGGGAAGGGCGGCUCGAUAACUAUCUGGAAAGUAGGCCAACCUGACGCUCGUGAUUCGAUGUAUGGACCUCGACCGCUUUUCUCCAAAUCCUCAAUGUUACCAGCGGUUCCCGUCCUUAAGCCGAAAGAGUCCCACGACAUGACGUCUAUCUCAUGGAACAAAGCCGGUACAUACCUUGCUGUUGGUCACCAAGACGCAACAAUUCGAAUUUGGACUCCGGAAGGGAAACUCCUUGCAACCCUAUUCGGGCACGACGCACCCGUCUUUGACGUUGCGUGGUCACCAUCAGGCGAUAGGCUCGUGAGCGCGGGACUGGAUUCACUUGCGUGCGUAUGGGACCUCUCCUCUCCUCAGCAGGCACGCAUACUGCAAACCUUGAGGGGGCAUCGAAGCGACGGUUGUUGCCUCGAUGUUGAAUGGAUUGAACAGGAAUAUUUUGCUACUUGUGGAACUGACUGCUUAGUUAUAAUCUAUAAACUUGGCCAAGAUACACCCCUCGUUGUUUUGGACGCGCACAAAGAUGAGGUGAAUCAAGUACGACUGUCACCUUCGGGUCACCACCUUGCCUCUUGUUCUGAUGACCAAACUGCGGUCGUUUGGAACAUAAUGGAGCAAGGGUACAAGCGAGGAAACCGGCCAACUUAUAUUACACUAUCUGGUGUUCACAAAAAAGCUGUUUCAAUGAUUCAGUGGUCUCCUGUUCCGUCUGAGGACGGCGGGUAUAAUCUCAUAGCGAUGUUCUCAAGAGAAGACCGAGAGGCCACUCUGUGGGAUAUUCGCACAAAACAAUGCAUUCGCAAGUUCUACGAGUUCCACACGGGCACCAAACUUCCUAAAGACAUAUUCACCCAUUCUUUCGAUCCAACCGGGAGGUUCUAUUGCUUGGGGGGCAUUCGUUAUAUGGUCAUAUACAGUGUCGAGACUGGAAAACCUAUAUGGUCGUGGCCGUUUGUGAAAGCUUACAUUGCCGAUAUCCAGUGGGGGAAACUGAACGAUGGACGCUACAUCGUCGCAGCAAAGGAAGACGCAACGGUGGCGCUUUUAGAUGUUGCUAAACUUGGUGUGCCAGCUCUCUCUUAAGCUUUGUCUUUGCUUUGUAUGGCAUAUGUAUUUUCUUCCCUAUACGACAAUGUUUGACACACUUGGGG